CCCCGGCCGGACGGCGCGGCGCGAUGGUGCCGUCGCGGUGCGUGAAGAGCGAGUACAUGAAGCGCUUCAAGGAGCCCAAGUGGGAGGCGUGCGGCCCCUGCUACCAGGAGCUGCUUCGCUACCGCCUGAGCCGGCGCCUCUUGGAGCAGGCGCACCGGCCCUGGUUUUGGGAUGGUUGGGAGCAGGAAAGCAGCCAGAGCGGCGGCGGCUCCCCGUCGCCCCCGGGCACGUCCAGCCCGCCGGGUGGCCAGCAAGGAGAAGAAGGAGCGGCGCCUGGCGAAUCUGGCCUGGGCGAGGCUGCGGCGGGGGACGCUGACAGAUCCUGCCCCGAGGAGCCCUUGCGUGGGUCGGAGGAUGAAGACCAAGAGAAAGCCGAGGAGAAAACCGAAGUUGAGAGUGGAGGCAAAAAGUCUGCCCCAAAAGGAGCUGGCGGGUCAGCAAGUUGCCCCCAAGGGCAGCCUUCAAGUCGUGGUGCUUUGGGCAGCCGGGGCGACAGAAGACGGGUGAAAAGUCCUCAAAGGAUACAUGCAGCAAAGGGGUUGAAACACCCAUUUGCCUUGUAUGGCUGGGGAGAAAAACAGACUGAUACUGGGAGCCAGAAAACACACAAUGUCUGUGCAUCUGCUUCUGUGAAUGAAAUCCACGAGUCUGCACUGAGAGCGAAGAACAGAAGGCAAGUGGAAAAAAGGAAGCUGUCUCAGAAGCGGAUUCAUUCAGCGGAAGUAGAACAAGCCUGGAGAACAAAAUCUGCUGCACCAGACAACCCCUGGAUGACUGAAUACAUGAGGUGUUACUCAGCACGAGCACGGUGAUCCAACAUUUGCCUGGACCUGUCUUUUUUAAAUUCAGAAAUAGUGUACGAAAGCAGCGGGUGAAGAAUUCCAAACUACUUAUGCAAGGUUUUUACAAUAGGAUUUUUCCAGCAGUUUGAUAUACUUGUUUAUAUUUUGGCUACUUAUCCCUGCAGGAGAGGGAAUAAUUGAUUCCAUACUGGUGGGAACUAUGCUUAGCAGUAUAGCUUCUUUACAGAUUUUUUUUUAAA